CUAGAAAGUAUAACACAGACAUUGUUGAGUAUACUGAAGAGUAUACUAGCAAAACGUGUGGUCAAUGUGGAACUCUCAAUCACACUUUGGGCAGGUCCAAAAGAAUAACGGGGUUCCUGCACCCCUUGAUAAUUGCUGAUUCUGUAAUUUUGAUUACUAAUGAUGCUUUUCAAUGUAGGAGUUGUAAGGAAUAUGAGCUUAAAAUAUAUGGAUGUGUUAUGAGA